UUAAUUCCUUCUUACUAGAAUGAGUGCCAAAAAAGCAAAAUUUCUACUAGAUAUUCGCGUAGAGAUAUCUGAUGCAUUCACUGAUGAAUAUGAUGUCUCAGUUAAAACUGAAGAUUUAUUUGAAGCUUAUUUAUUAAACAUUCGACAAAAUAGCAAUAAAAUCUUUACAAAAGAUAAAAAGACCAGAAAUGUUCAAAAGCAAACUAAGAAGAAAUUUUACAGUGGUCCUAGUGGACAUAAGCAAUAUGGAAAAAGUAUAAUAUUGACUAAAAGUGCAUCUGAAAUAAUUUCCAAUAUGAAAAACUGUUAUCUGGAACUUUACCUUAAAAGUAUAACCCGCUCAAACGGAUCAGUUGGAACAAUAUCCAUCCCCUGGACAAAAAGUUUUAUCUAUUACUUAAAAAAUAUAACAAUGCAUCCAAAGCUUCCACCAGUACUUCAUAAAGAAAAAUUUAAGGUUGCGAAUGCAAAAGAAAACAUUAGUUUGGGGUCACUGAAUGUUACAAUUAAACUUUUGUCUGUAGAGAGCAAUUUUUAUAAAUUUGUAUCCAGUUCACAAUAUAACAUAAAUAUGUAUAGACAUCUAUUUUCAAGUCCCAAAGUUUUGGAAAAUGUGAAUAGUAACAAAAUCGAGGAUUACAAGAAUGCGACAGAAAAUAAGAAUAUUAAAGCUGUUCCAAUAUCUUGCAAUAAUAUAUCUGAUACUACUUAUAAUAUUAUAGAAUCCACAGAAAAUAAUAUACCCCGACCUGCAAUCGAAACACAAAUAGAAAGUACUAAAGAUAUGAAGAACAUUACUGUAGAAAAUUCGACUAGCAAACCCAAUAAUAAUAAUAUUCUGUACAAAUUGAAUACAACUGACGAGAGAGCUUGGAAUGAAUGUAAUAAGCACAUCAAUUCAUCUUUUAGAGAUAGAACGUACCGCAUAAAUUAUGUAAUGUUUAAUAAAGACAAGACAAUUUUUCAAUCUGAAAAAGAAUCUACUGAUACAACGCCCAAUUCAUUUGGAGUAGAAGUAGCAAGUUGUCACGAUAUAUCUUGCCACACAAAGAUGAGGCAAAACGAAGCACCCAUUUAUGAUAAUUCGUUAGCUUUGGAUGUAUCAAAUUUGCACAAAAAAUGCUGCAGAGACAAUGAAAAUAAAAGUUCACCUAAUUUGAAUUUCGACGAACAUCCAUGUUAUUGCACUUGCGAAUGCAAAUAUGAGUUCAUAAGAGAAACUACAUAUUGUAAAAUCUGUAGAGGAUAUGAAAUUAUAGGUGAAGAGUUUGAUGAUGCGAGAGGACAAGACAUGCCAAUGCCGUGUCCUAUAUUUCAUAAGUUAGUUGAAAAAAAUAAAUUAAAAAGCAGGAGCUCAUCAGGGAGUUUACGACGCAGAAAAUUUGGAGUGGAUGGAAGCUCAAGGAGCGUAAAAAGCUCGAAAAGCUCAAAGAGCUCAACACCGAAGACCUCAGAGAAACGUCUCAAGGUGCCUGAAAAAAAAGUGGCCAAACGAAACCCCCAAAAAGAGGCCAAGAAGAAAAAAGUCGUCAAACUUAAACAAAUCGACUAUUCAUAUAAAACACCACACGCCGGUCACGGCGGUUGUGGCAUUCCUUGCAUGCGCAGUGCGAUAUUAAAGUGCAAUGUUCCUAAAGGUAUGGGUUGGUUUUGGACUGCUGACAAUAUUAAAGGAUUAAAGUAUCGUCCGACUUGGAGACCUGGCGCUGCAGAAAAACAUCUAGUUCAUUUGCUCCAAAUGGCUAGACAUCAUAAACAAAUUAUAAGUAAGAAGAAAAAGAAGGAAUUAGUAAAAUCUAAACGCCCGUUGAAAAGACCACUAUUAGUGGUGCAUAAAAAGGACGGCGAAUUUACCGUUACAAUGGAAACCAUGAAAGCAUCCACGAAACCUCGAGAAGUUUAUGAGCAUCCUUACGAGGAUAAACCUGUUUUAACCUAUACUAUAGGAAGAACGGACGAGGAAAACAAAGAACGAUUAAAUCAAAAACAAAGAAAACAGAGGCGAUUAGAACGAGAACAGCGGACAUACUUACAGAGUGCUUUCAAGAACAUGUGCCAAGAAAUAUGCUUGAAAACAUGUCAGCAAGCGCUCGGUAUACUGCCCGAAGCGGAAGACAAGCAGGGUCUCUGUUACGCGAACGCCACGUGGGUUGAACCAGAAGACCCGAAUCCAUCUUGUUCAUGUUCCGAUAAUUCGUUGAGCGUUUCUGACACUGAUUCCGAUGAGUGGAUAUUAGAAUUCACACCUCCGAACGCAUUUUUCGAUCCAUCACGUAAGGGAAAGAAAGUUGUAAGUUCCGAUAAGGACACUGAGUAUAUUUUACAGCAAAGUUAAUAUUAUAUUGUCAUAUUAUUGUCAGACGUUUAGUGGGAAAGAAUUUGAGAAACUGUGAGUGUUUAUAUUAUGUCGUAUCGCUUCAACACCUUAUGUCGCGCCGUCUUUUUUUAUCAUUAUCAUUUCCCAUUAGACAUUAUUGUGAGAGCAAUAAAAAUACAGUUU